AUGUUUUUAUCAACUGCAACCGCGGCUCUCGCUGCUGUCCUUUGUUUACCCCAAGCCACUCUUGCCUGUAGUAGCUGCUCAUCCUCCCAUGUUUAUCCCCGGAAUGGCAGCGAUCGAGGAGUGCAAACUGCAAACCUGCUUCUCAACCAAGCUAUCAAAGCUCUUGGUGGCAGGAAGGCCCUGCAGAAUUUGCAUGGUGUCACCUAUGAGUCCGAUGAGAUCUUUCGCAUCAGCACCUUGAUGCAGAACUACAACCUUUUCUACGAAGACCGGUACGUGGUAUCUCAUGGUACCCAAAACAUCUCGUAUUCUUUCAAAGAUGGCUUCUCUCAGAGGAUCGACCGUAACUAUCAAGUCUCUGACUACUUUGCUUUCGGAACGCCAUCUAUCCCACCUGUCCAGUUCUCACUUGUCAUGAAGGAUGGUCCUGAGGGGUAUGCUUGCUACAAUGAGGGAAAUGAUCUCGUAUUCUUGCCCGGAAAUGCGACUGCCGGCUACACAGACUCUGCCCUUGCCGAGUAUCUUUUGUUCCAGGCGCACAAGAUGUCGCCCCGACUCUUGCUAGAUAUGGAGAAGCAUCAGCCCACCCGAACCACUGUCACUAUCAACAACGUCGAUUUCCCAGCUGUUCACGAUGAACACCUCGACAUCGUUGUCGCUUUCGACCUCGAGACCAAGCUGCCUUACAUCAUCCGUUCUUUUGAAGACCAUGCUAUCUUUGGCCGAACAGAGAACGACCUACACCUUUACAACUACACUGAAGUUAAUGGAAUCCAGUUUCCUACUCGCCGCUUCGUCUUCCAGAACGGCACUGCCAUCGUGGAGCAAACCGACUUUUCGAGGGUCAUCCCAAACCCAGACUUUUCUGCUGACUUUUUCGAAGGGCUUGAGGAGAGCAAGAGUGCAACUCCCCGGGCUGCACCCGCCAAGAUCCCGGAAUACUCGCACGCAGAGAUUGGAGAGUAUUGGACCAAUGCCCUAUGGAGUGGUCCCUAUACUGGAACUUAUGACAACAUCACUACUGAGACGCUUGGCCCUGAUCUCCCCAACGCCCACAAGUUCUUGGUUGAAAACAGCCCAAUCGUGGAGCAUCUCAUUCUGGAUUUCGAGGAUGGCGUUAUCGUGUAUGAGGCCCCUCCUCAUCAGACAGAUCUUGUGAUUCGAUGGGUCAAGGAGAACCUCAAGAAGCCGAUCACCCAUGUCUUUCUCACACAUCAUCACCAUGACCAUAGCUAUGAUGUUCACAAGUAUGUCGCUCUGGGAGCCAAGAUCAUCGUUCCUGAGGUUGCAGCCAAGUACUGGAAACAGAUUCCUGGUGCUGAGCUCGUUACCUUUACUGAGGGAAAGCCGUACAUUCACGCCGACAGCACGAUGCAAGCUCGCUUCAUCUGGCACGAGGAGGCUCCCCAUUCCGUUGACUGGUCGUACUCCAUCGUCACCACCCGCUGCCCGUCGGCAAACAGCACCAUGUUGGCCUACGAAGCUGACUCUUUCUCCACCCUUACGCACUUUGACCCUCACUUUGCUUACGGCUGGCUUAACCAAGCUGUCGCUGACGGCAUGAGCAACAACACCAUCGUUGUGCCUACUCAUGGAAUGCCGGUUCCCUUGUCAUUCUUGCUUGACCAGAUUAGCUACGUCUACCCGGCUCUCGAUUCGACUCAUCUCCGUGCUGGAGUCCCCAGCUGCCUCGCCUACUAG